AUGGCAUCACAAAGGCCAUCAACUCCCGACCCAAAUACCAGCUAUGAGCAUCUAUUUCAGUCACUAGCGCGUCACUCGCGUGUCUUUCCGCUGUGUAGCUCCAACAUUUCGCUCUUAGCUAAACCUGCCGACUUCUAUCGGCAGCUACUGCACAACAUUGAGCACGCACAGACUCGCAUUACCAUUUCAUCACUUUAUCUUGGAACUGGCGAAUUGGAGCGCAAUCUAGUGGAUGCACUAAUUUCAAGACUACAAGCUCGAUCGCAGCUUCAAGUGCGAAUCGUACUCGACUAUUCACGCGGCCAACGUGGCGGUCUCUCGGCUAAUUCUGUGACGAUGCUAACUCCACUAUUGCAGCUGUUUCCCAAUAAUGUAGAGCUCUUUCUUUUCCGCGUUCCGCAACUUUCCGGACUUUCUGCAAUGCUACCUCCCCCAUUUAAUGAAGCGUUAGGUGUUUCCCACGCAAAAGUUUAUCUCGUUGAUGAAACGCUUGUGCUUAGUGGUGCGAACUUAAGUCACGACUACUUUACAAAUCGACAGGAUCGGUAUAUGCAGUUAAUGGAUUGUGGACAACUCGCUCAGUUUUACCAUGAAUUUGUCACAUUAGUGACGCAAUACUCAUAUAAAGUGAAAUUAAGGUCCUCUGCGAAAGAUCAAAACAGUUAUAAGUUAUUGUCACCAUCAUUGGCGCAUGACUCGAAAGAAGCAAAGAUGACUAUGAAACGCGACUUGGAAGAUAUGAUCGAUUCAAACAAACACGAUCAAAAUAGAAACAAAAAUAUUGAUUCGGAUACGUGGGCGUUCCCAACAUUGCAAUUUUCGCCCAUCUCGUUAAACCACGAUGAACUUAUUUUAAGUCAAUUUGUGAGGCAAUUGCCGCGAAAUUCGAAGCUACAAAUCGCGUCGGGAUAUUUAAAUUUUCCUCCUUUUUUGAGAAAUUUGUUGGAGCAAUGUGAAGCUCAGCUUGACGUAAUUUCGGCUGCACCUCAAGCAAAUGGAUUUUAUAAUGCUCGUGGUGUGAAAGGAGCUUUGCCAAUGGCGUACUCGCUGAUUGAGCAAGAUUUUUUUGAGCGGAUGCUUAAACGCGAGUCCAAAACAGUUUUAAGAGAGUUCAAUCGACCUGAAUGGACAUUUCACAGCAAAGGCAUGUGGUGGGCACCUCCUUCAGUGCACGACAAGUGUGUUAAGAACUUUCCACACCUCACGGUAGUAGGAAGCUCGAAUUUUGGACAGCGAUCAUAUGGUUGUGACUUAGAAUCUAAUUUAGUCAUGUUUACGCGCAAUUCGGAGCUUCAGCGCCGUCUACAAGAUGAAUUCGACGCUCUUACUCGUGAUGCAGAAGUCGUAACUGAGCAGCUCUGGAGGAGGCAUGAGCGUAAUUUGCACGGUUUUUUUAGCUGGAAAGAUGGUCACUGGAUACGACCCGUGUGCAGAUUAAUUGCUGCGUACCUUUAA